CAAGGAGAAGCCGAAAGCCGAAGCGGCGCCGAAGCCCCGCCAGGGACCGACGGAUGAGGCGCAGAUGGCGGCGGCGGCGGCGCUGGCCCGGAUGGAGCUGAAGCCCAAGGCCAAGGCACCCUCCUCCCAGGAGGCCAUCAAGAACCAGGUGAGAAAAGAGCUGAUGGCCGAGGCGGCCGCGAGCGGGAAAGGGCUCCCUGCGGAGGAAAAGGACCUUGCAUCCCCGGACGAGGAAGGGGCAGCCGCCCCCUCUGUUUCAGGGGUCUAUUUCGUUUGCCCAUUGACCGGCGCGGUCGUGAGGAAAGACGAGAAGGAGAAGCACAUCAGGGAAGCCAUCCAGUCGUAUUUCUCCGUAGACCCGGUGGCUGCCUCGAUCAUGGAGAUUCACACCUUCAAUAAGGACCGGGAGAAAGUACGAGCGGGCGUGGAGACCAUGGCCAAAUACCUGGAUAAUAUCUAUCUCCAUCCAGAGGAGGAGAAGUACCAGAAAAUCAAACUGCAGAACAAAGUGUUUCAGGAAAGGAUAAGCUGCCUGGAAGGGAUACACAGAUUUUUCCAGGCUAUUGGGUUUGAAACAAAAACACUGCCUGUUCCAGGACAAGAGACCACAGAGGAGUACUAUGUGCUGAAGGAAGAAAUGCUGACCAAGUUGGAAGACCUCAAGGACUACAAAGAACAGCUUCUAAGCUCUGAGCCGGUGAGGGCCCAGCUGGAUCGCCAGCUCUGUGUAUUUAAACCAUCACCCGAAGCGGCUCGGUUUGAGCUGCCAAAUGACUUUUACAACCUCACUGCAGAAGAGAUCAAACGAGAGCAACGGCUCCGGACAGAAGCAGUGGAGAAGGCUUCGAUGCUGAGGACGAGAGCCAUGCGAGAGAAAGAAGAACAAAGGGAAAUGCGGAAGUACAACUACACCCUGGUGCGAGUCCGGUUUCCCGACGGAUACAUCCUCCAAGGGACUUUUUACGCACGAGAAUCAGUAUCUGUGCUCUACAACUUUGUAAGAGAAGCGCUCAGAGAUGACUGGCUGCCCUUUGAGCUGUUGGGACCCGGAGGUCUCAAACUGACUGAUGAGAAUUUGGCCUUCAAUGAAUGUGGGCUGGUGCCCUCAGCCCUCCUGACUCUGGCCUGGGACGCAGCAGUCAUGGCAGACAUCCAGGCGUCGGGAGAGGAGCAGCCAGCAAGCCCCCUGAAACCAGAACUUCUCUCCAGAGUCCAGACGCUGUCAUGAAAUAAAGGGGAGUGGAUUCAGUGCUGGUGGUUUUAGACUGUUCCCUCAUUUUCCCGUACUGACUGUUGGAGCUUCCAGCUACCUGACCUCAGAAAUGACUU